UGUUUAAUUUCUGCUGUUUUCAGAUUUUGCUGGUACAUUUCAUUACAGAUCUGGUAUAACAUGGACAAACAGCACAGAAUCUGCGUUUUCAUGUUUCUCGCUAUCUUUGCUUUAGCAUAUGGAGAAACUGUCAAUUCUAAAUGGAGGGUUCAAAUAGAAGAGAAGUUAGAAGAAACGCUUCAGACGAUACAGAAUAAUAAAAAUCGCAUUGAAAAACAGAGUAAAGUCUUUAAAAAACAGACGAAUGCCAUUCAGAAACAAGCAGUGGAAAUCGAGAAUCUUCGGCAAAGAAUCAAGGCACUGGAAGGACAAUCUGAUAACUUGGAACAAGAAAGUGGAAGGCUGCUUAACGGUUCAUCUAAAAAUGGAACCUUACCAUCGCCAAUGGAAAGACGACAACUGUACAACGAAGGCUCCAAAAAUCUGUUCAUCCGGCAAGUUCUUUCUCCUAGAAGUAAUACUCCCACCGGCUUUUAUGCCUACAUUUCCAGCGAUUUUGGUGGAGUUGGUGCGAAUCACGUUUUCGUUUACGACACUGUAAUAACAAACCAAGGCAAUGCCUACAACAAGCAUACAGGAGCCUUCACUGCUCCAUCCAAUGGGUUGUACGCAUUUUGCUACACGGCCUUUGCCUCGGGUGUGCAUGUUGCUGGAGAGACCGGUGAUUGUGGGGACGUUUCGGUAAAGUUGAUUCAUAACAAUGACUACAAGGGCUCUAUUCAUGUCGACACUGAAUCCAACUGGUACGAAGAUAUGUCCACUGGAUUCGCCAUCCUCGUGUUGGAAGCCGGAGAUGUCGUAUUGACCAAGUCAAGAAAAGCAGAUUCCAAAAGCCAGUUUGUUCGUAGAUUCCUUGCACCUGAAGUUGCAUAUGACCCUGUAGCAUUUUAUGCCUACAUUUCUAAAGAUUUCGGUGGAGUGGGUGCGAAUCACAUUUUCUUGUAUGAUACUGAGGUUACAAAUCAAGGCAAUGGCUACAGCAAACAUACAGGUGCCUUUACUGCGCCUUCAACUGGGUUGUACGCGUUUUGCUACACGGCCUUUGCCUCGGGUGAGCAUGUUGCUGGAGAAACUGGGGAGUAUGGAGAGGUAUCUGUCCAGCUGGUUCACAACGGGGCAUACAAGGGUUCUAUUUAUGUUGACACGGAAAGCCAUUACGAGGAGGAAAUGGCUACUGGGUUUGCCAUCCUCAUGUUGCAAACCGGAGAUGUUGUAUUGACCAAGUCAAUAAGCGGGGGCCAGGGUUCAUUUCAUAGCAGUGACAUAGGAAGAUGGUCAUUUUCCGGAUUCCGGAUUUCCUAGGACAUUGUCUAAGAACACUUAUUAUCAGAAUUAAAAUUAUCAU